UAUUGAUUUUGUCCUUGAAGCUUAGAUUGGUUGAUUGUUCAUGAAUCAUAAUACACGGAAAUGAAGCCUAUAAACUCAACUAGCAUCAACCUUACCAAACAGAUCCUUAACAAAUUUAUCUUCAUUUUACCAAUUAGGCCAUGGCAUAUCAAGUUGAAUUAAUAGCCACAGCCACAACUACAGUAGCCGUCUUCAUAAUUUGCAGCAUUAAAUUCCGGUGGUUCUGCCGUGACGACCACCGCCUACCGCCACCGUUCACCGUGGCGGACAAUGGAGGCGAGGCACAUUACUACUGUGCCGUCUGCCUCCACGACGUGCAUUGCGGCGAGAAGUGCCGGAAACUGCCGAAAUGCGGCCACGUUUUUCACGUUAAUUGUGUUGAUAUUUGGUUACAGUCUCAUUGGACGUGUCCUCUUUGUAGAAGGAAAGUCUCCGAUCAUCUUCCCGCCCGGCGGCAAAGUGAAAUCGGAGUAUUUUCUUAUCUGAUUUCGCGUUCUGAGGAUUUUUUGAUCAAGAUUUGCAGUCCUCUUAAUGAAGAGCUCAUGAGGAUGUUGUUUGAAAACGCAUUUGCAAGUCCCUGAUGGUAAAAAUAUUCUUUUGGAAAUUCUGUUAUUUAGUUGUUGGCAGAUUAUUUAUUGAUUUUUCGAAAUAAAAUCCUAAUUUACCUAUCUUAAUUCUAUACGAUAUAUUUCAGUUUACCUCAUGUUAUACUUUGGAGUAAUGAUCAUUCAUACUCUUAGCAUUAGUAGACUGGCUCGUAUUUGUUUUUAUUUUAAUGGAGAUCCAGUAUGAAUCGAGUGAAUUUUAUGUAUCAAAAUACUUCAUGAAAAAUGUCAAAAUCUACGUAUCUCUACUUUCAAUUAGGUUUAAAAUUAUUCUCAUUAUACUUCAUAUUGAAGCUUUACCAACAUUCACGGCAAAUACAAUAUAUUUUGAUAAUAAGAAAGAGUAUGAAUGACCUCAAAUAUAAUAAAUGUUUGCUUUUGACCCUUUUCCUUGAUUAUUUUAACUAAUUAUAACAUUUCUUAUCUAAUAUGUGUAGAGCUA